AUGACAGCAGAAAUAAAAAAUAACCGUAGCAAUAAAAAUGAGGUCACGUGUCCUUUGUUGGGACUCCUGCUCGUCUCUGACUCUGUCCGUCUUCCUGUAGUGCGAUCCAGCAGCCGCGUGAAGCACUUCAAGAUCCACCAAGGAGAUGAUGGUUUCCACAUCGAGCCCAAGCAUCCUUUCAGCUCGCUGAUCGGCGUGGUCGACUUUUACUGCGCCAACAGCCUCAACACCACCGGCCAGCUGGGCAAGCCCUGCAAGAAGAAAAAGCCAGAAACCCAGGAUUUGAACCACUUCACGGUGGACGAGUGGGAGCUCCCGAAGGAGGAGUUCACGCUGGAGGAGGAGCUGGGCAGCGGCUUCUUUGCUGAUGUUUACCGCGGCCGCUGGAAAAACCACAUCAGCGUCGCCAUCAAGAUCCUGAAAAGCGACUCGGAGCUGAACCACAAAGAGUUUCACAGGGAAGUUCAGAUCCUAAAGCGUCUGCGCCACCGUCACCUCAUCUCGCUGUUCGCCGUGUGCACGGCGACCAUGCCGUACUACAUCAUCACCGAGCUGAUGGAGAAGGGCAGCCUGCUCAAGUUCCUCAGAAGUCCAGAGGGCCAAAUACAAGACGUCGCAUCCCUCAUUGACAUGGGAGGCCAGGUGGCUGAUGGGAUGUCAUAUCUGGAGGAGAUGAACAGCAUCCACAGAGAUCUGGCGGCUCGAAACGUCCUGGUGGGACACGACUACAUCUGCAAGGUGGCCGACUUCGGCCUGGCCAGAGUCAUCAAGGAGCCGUUUUACAUCUCAGAAGACAAAAAGAUUCCCUACAAGUGGAGCGCUCCCGAGGCCAUCAGCCACGGGAAGUUCUCCAUCAAGUCCGACGUCUGGUCUUUUGGCAUUCUGCUCUACGAGAUCAUCACCAGUGGAGGAGUUCCUUACCCAGGUUAG